GAAGAAAGAGUGGAUUCAGAAUCUUCGUCGUAGCUGAAUGUAGGUAGCGAUAUAUUGGGGGUCAAUACAUUGAGGAAUGCCAUGUUGACUAUCAGAAGAGAUACAUGCAGUCCUGGCAAAAUGCAAGAUCAGAUUUUACAUGAACGAGAUCCAAAAACAAACUUACGUAGAGCUGAUACCUAGUAAUCGAGUCGGGAUUUCCCCAGCGCUGUAAUCCCUGUCAAACUCUACGAAGGCAUGAGGAAAACAUUCGCGCUAUCAGUGAGAGCGAAUGGAAGAAUUUGGGGUGACCAUUUAUCUUUCGGAUUCGGGUCAACUGUCUCCUCGAUAUCGGCUAACGAAUCAUCCACCGUGACACUGAGCUUUCCAAGUAUGUCUCUAUCCUGUCCAGUCUGCCGAACAGUAACUGUAAAGCGAUGGUCCUUUUGUACGAAAUAUGAGCAUGUCUGCAGCCCUGUCGAGUAUUCCGCGAGAAAGAGUCCCAGGAUCCAGAUAAUUGCUCUUUACUGGAUCGUGUUACUCGUCGUCUGUAGGCUGAGUCUCCAGUUGAGGCGCUGUCGUCGUGAAAGGAAGGAAAUGGGAGAAAGGUAGCUUCCAUAUUGGGCUGGGCUCGACGCUGUGCUUAACACUCUUUUCCUUCCACGACGACGAUGACUGCAAUACCUCUUUUUCUCACCGGCAGAGGCAAUGCCUGAGA